AUGGCUAAGCCAAGUGGGGCUGUUGUGAUGUCUCCAUAUUCUCUGUUUUCCUCAGACAAUCUCGGCGUCAUAAUCACAUCUGUGCAGCUCAAAGGAGACAAUUACAACAAGUGGGCGAUGGAGAUGGUGAAUGCGUUGAGGGCAAAGAAGAAGAUGGGUUUUGUUGAUGGAAGCUUGCCAAAACCAGACGAGAAUCAUAAGGACUUGGAGGCGUGGUUGUGCAAUAAUUCCAUGAUCAUGGGAUGGAUACAGACGUCAAUCGAAUCAAGAGUUAGGUCUACGGUAACGUUCAUUACAGAUGCUCACAAAUUGUGGGAGAAUCUCAAGAAGAGAUUUGAUGUUGGGAACAAAAUGCGUAUACAUCAGUUAAUGGAGCAACUCACUUCGUGUCGACAGAAUGGCCAAGCCGUGAUUGAUUACUAUGGACGUAUGGCGGUUAUGUGGGAAGAGCUACAGACAUACAGACCACCGCCUGCGUGUACGUGCUCUGCUGCAGCAACAUAUGAAAAGGAGCACGAGGAUGAAAGAGUUCAUCAGUUCAUUAUGGGACUAGAUGAUUCAAGGUUUGGGAAUGUUGUGACAGCUAUCAUAGAAGCUGAUGACUUACCUGACCUUGGUAAAACGUAUGCGAAAGUUAUCAGGGAGGAAGCCAGACUCAACGCUUCUAAAACUCGAGAGUCAAGCCAGGAGGCAAUUGGCUUUACUGCCAGAAAAGAACCUCAACAGAGAGAAAGUCGUGAAACCAAUCUUGGUAGUGCGCGAAGUGAAGGGAGCAAGUCUAGAGAUAGAGUCUGUUAUCAUUGUGGGAAACCAGGCCAUGAGAAGAGUUCUUGUUGGCAGCUUGUGGGUUAUCCAAAGUGGGUCACUGAUAAACAAAGAGGACGUGGUGGAAGCAGAGGCACCGGUCGAGGUUAUGGCAGAGGCGGUGGACGAGGAACUGCCCACGACCGUUCUUCGAAGACUUUGAUUGGAGCAGGUGAAGAACGUGAUGGGGUGUACUACUUCAAGGAUGUUACAAUGGCGAAAGGCAACAAGUCUCAGAGCAAAGUUGAUCAGUUGUUGUGGCAUCAAAGACUUGGACACCCGGCUUUUUCAGUUUUUCCUAUGGUUUCUGGUGUUAAGGAUAAUGUUUGCUCCAAUGUAUGUGGUCCUUACCGAGUGCCUUCAUCAUCUGGUGCAGUAUAUUUGUUAACAAUAGUAGAUGACUACUCUAGGGCUGUAUGGACCUACUUGUUAGUCGCAAAAUCUGAAGUUCGAAAGGUGGUAGAAAGGUUCUGUAAGUAUACAGAGAAACAAUUUGAUAAGAGUGUCCAGAUGCUAACUGUCAAGUUUUGGGGAGAAGCAAUAUUAUCAGCAAAUCAUGUCCUUAUGACUCCUUCAAAGAUUCUUCAAGGAAAGUCACUGUAUGAAGUUUUAUUCAGCAAGAAGCCACUGUAUAACUCAUUAAGGGUGUUUGGUCCGUUGUGCUAUGUGCAUAGGAAGGACAAAAGCAGAGAUAAGUUUGGUCCUAGAAGCAUAAAAUGUAUCUUCGUGGGUUAUCCAUUUGGCAAAAAGGGAUGGCGAGUAUAUGAUGUUGAGACAAAUGAGUUCCUUGUGUCCAGGGAUGUAGUGUUUAAGGUGGAUGUGUUUCCUUAUAAAGAAGCAGUGUUGACUCAGGUAGAUGAAGGCAACUUGACUGGGGGACCUGAUGAUGAUUGGAUCAUUCAUUCUGUCAGAGAUACUGAAGACAGGGGGAGUGAUCCCAUUGAUGUGGUUCAUAUCACAAAAGAGAAGCAAGGCGUGGUUGUUACAGAACAAGAAGAUGAUCAGGUAGAGGGUGAGAGUUCUAAUGUAGCAACUCCAGAAAAUGAGGCUGCAAAGAUCGACGAGACAAAUGACACAGAUAAAGCUGGUGAUAGUACCAGUGAUCAGUAG